GGACCUUUCCUUCAACGUUCUUCUGAACCACGCAUCCGAUGACCACCCAGGACAUCUUAUAACGAGGACUGCAUUCACGCAUAGUACGACAGAAUCACCCAGCCCCUCGACACGAUGCCUCAACCUCUUCUCCAGGGACUCAUCAACACGCCUAGCACGCCCGAGGCGGCUCGCAAACUACAGGAGCUGCUGGUGCGGGACGCGCAAGAGCAUCACUGCUAUUUCGACGACCGCGGGUUCAAGAACCAUACUGCGCACCAUUUGAUUGCAGCCUACGAUCUGGGUGCAUCUGCCUCUCUGCUAGAGAGAAUCUACAAGGAGGAGGGCGAGGUGCUGCGGCCCCUGGGACCGCAGUACGACAUUCUCACGGACCAGACAUGGACGACAAGGCUAGGCGAGCGACAGGCGUAUGCGAGCUAUCUGCUCUUCUUUGAGCGGAAGAUCCAGGCUCUCGGAAUGCAGAAGACCAUCGAGGAGUAUGUUCUGUCGCCGGCAGCGAACGAGAACGGCGCGGCCAUGCUGAGCCGGUUUUUCAGCGGCGCCAUACAUCCGAUUAUCCACGUGGGGUUCGGUGUGGAGGUUGGCCAAGAUAGCGUCGUUGCCCAAGGUCUCGCUCUCUGCGCUGUCGUCGAUUCGGACUUUGUCUCGAUCUUCUCCGGCCAGCCAUCGGGCCUGACCGACAUUUCCGCGGAGCCUGACAACGACGCGUCGCUUUUGUCGAUCCUCAGUGAAGUCUAUGAUUCGCCUACGCUUGCUCCCCUUGUGCCAUACAACCCAAGCGACUUCGUCGGCGCAGCUUUCAACAAACUGACGGAAUCGCCCGCGCGCGGCGCCGAGCUCCGUCGACUCUACUCGAAGUGGACGCUCAACACAGCGCUGACCGGUUCCGCCUUCGAUGCCGAAUGUGCCAAGAAGGUGGACGAAUGCUUCUGGCAGGCCACACUGCUCACUGCAGCCACGGGGCGCCCCGGGCGCGAGAACCGGAUCGACUUCUUCCUUAUGCACGCGCUUACGAGCGCCGUGGCACUGCCCAAGCUGCUGGCCGCGCUCCCGAACAAGAUGCACAAGGCUCAGCUGCUCCAGGGCCACGCGCUCACAUCGGCACUGUGGACCAUCGCGCGCGGGCGUCCCCGAAUCAACCCGGCGCUGCUGAUGUCGUAUCCCGACGUCGUCCCGGGGCACGCGGGGGGCGAGGUCAACCCUUGGCUGCCGGUCACGCUUAAUGCGUUCGAGCACCCGGACUCACAUGUGAUCAAGACCAUCCGCACGCUGUACUACGUGGCGCAGCGCCUUGGCCAGACGGCUGCCGGUGCGGUACCUGGUGCGGUGGAUAGGGCUGGAAAAGAAACGCACGAGGGCAUGAGCAGGCUAGACGGGUCAGCAUUCGUCCGGGCGGCCAUUAUGACGAGCGAGACCCUCGGCUGGUUGGCGUUUGGAGGCGAACCUGGCAAGUGGGAUCGCAGUUGUCUCGGAUGGGACGUCGCGUGGGCUUGAGCGAUGCAAGCGCCGUAUAAAAGGUAGAGCUAGAACGUUACAAUGCCUGUCCGUGUAGCCUCAAUACAUACCCGCAAGUAAGAGUGUCUGAUCGGCUAGCUCGCAGCCUCGAGUGACCGAUGUCUCCUUGCG